CAAUUCUGAUUCUUAAUACCAUUGAAAUUUUCAUGAUUUCACAUGAGCUGUUGCGACUUUGCGUUUGUUAGAAUCUUUGCAGUUUUGGAUUAUCGAGUGUUUGAGAGAAUCAAUUGUGCAUAAAGUCAAAUUUCUCCAAGAAUCUUUAACCUAAGAUGUUAAUUCCGAAGAUUAGUUCAGCUUAAAUAUCAGACAGAGAAUAUCAUCCAUUACACAGACGCUUAAAUAGCUCGCAAACACUACUGUCCUUCAACAUUAGAACUAUGGAAAUGAUCGAUGGAUGAUCAUAGCUAACGAGCUAACCAUUCGCACCUGAAGAAUUUCAGAGUUGCUAGCUCAGUGAUAACAAACCUAACUGCUAAGCAAAUCUCGAAACCGAUCCACCAAUGUCUUUGUUUUUUCUAGUGAGCCACAAAUUUUUGUUUCGAACUUCAACAAUGUAAUCAUGUAGUUGUUGUGUACUUGUGUUCUACUGCAUCAGAUUACUUCUAUAUUGAUGUUUUUCUAAAUCGCAGACUUUAUCUUCAUUCAAUACAAGAAAAAUUUCAUUGCUGCUACCACAGUGAGAAUGAAGCUGAAUAUAAAACCAACCUCGAAACCUACCCAAUUAAUGACUCCAUUUUCACCUUCGAGCUCUUGUAUAGGUACACUCGUUGUUCUGUUGCGAAGAGGGCAUAUUCUACCACACAGUUGGGGGUUUCCCUCAAAGCUCGAGGCAGGGAAUGUGUCAAAUUGGCCACCCGACGGUAUUUUCCCUUGUAGAUCGUUGUACAAAGUUUCCAAAUUGACGAGUUCGGAUAAUGUGGCAGGAAUACUGCCGGAGAAAUCGUUGUUACUGAGAUCCAGGGCAACAAGAAACUUCAGCUUACCAAUCUCGUCUGGAAUGGUUCCUCCGAUCCUGUUAUUACUCAUAUACAAAGACGGAGGAAUACUUCCGAGGAGUUCGUAUUGCAGGACGGCUGAAGUUUCAGACAUCGAGAACAGAGGCAACUGCUGUUGUUGCCGAGGGAGAGGAAAGACAACGAUCGCAUUGCGGCUAUGUCGGGAGGGAUCUCUCCGGUUAGGUUGUUGGUGCCCAAACUAAUCGCGGUAAGAUUCUUGCACGAUAUGAGGCUUUCGGG